AUGGGUAUUCGUAAAUUUUUCAAAGGUGAACAAUUCACUGAAAAAAUUUGUCUUGAAAACUAUGUGGCUGUAGUGACUGGUGCCAAUAUUGGAAUUGGUUUUGAAGUUGUCAAAGAGUUGAAUUUGAGAAAAGCAAAGGUGAGCAAUGAUAUUUUGAUUUAAAAUUGAUCUAUGAUUUGUAUUAUUUAUUCAGGUUUAUAUGCUAUGUCGAAAUGAGAAAAAUGCACUUGAUGCAAUAAAACUUCUAGCAAAUCUUGGUUGCGAUUCUUCACGACUUUUCUUCAUAAAAUGUGAUUUCCAAAGUUUUGAAAGCGUCAAAAAUGCAGCGAAUGAAAUUCUUCGACUUGAAACUCGAAUUGAUAUUCUGGUGAAUAAUGCUGCUGUUUUGAUGACGAAAUUCGAAUUAACAAAUGAUGGGUUCGAAAAAACAUGGCAAACCAAUCAUUUGGGACCGUUUUUAUUGACUGAAAUUUUGUUGCCAGCAAUUAAAAAAUCAGAAAAUGGUGGAAGAAUUGUGAAUGUAUCUGCUCUUAUUCAUGAGAAAGUUGAGAAAUUGGAUUUUGAUAAAAUUAAUGAUGAAAAUCAUUUUGGAGAUUGGAAAUCUUAUGGCGAAAGUAAAUUUGCAAAUGUUAGUUUUCAAUUCAGAAAAAAAUUAAUUGUUGUAGAGGGUUUUUCAAUUUUCAACUUUCAAAUGAUAAUUUCCAGAUAGUUUUUUGACAUUGUGAAUCCCACUGGCCCUUAGAAAAAUUUACAUUUAAUGAAGAAGCGCCUUCCAGAUUCUUCACGCUCGUCAACUUACACGUCGCCUAAAAGAAUCCAAUUCUUCAGUCACCAUAAACUCUCUUCACCCAGGAAUUGUGAACACUGAUUUAUUGCGUAACACAUUUUGGGCAAAACCAGUAAUAAUUUCAAUUGCUCGAUUUCUAGCCAAUAUUUUCUUGAAAACUCCACUCGACGGAGCCCAAACAAUUCUAUACGUGGCGUUGAGCAAAAACAUUGAAGGAGUUUCGGGAAAAUAUUUUGUGUAGGUUUUGAAAUGUUUCAGUCUUCAUAAAUUUGUUGUAGGGACUGUAAACUUGCCAAUGAAUCUGAAUUUGCCAAAAACGAUCAAGCCAGCGAGGAACUCUAUAAUUACAGCAUCGACAAAAUUUCCAAAUUUUUAUAA